CGCGGAACCGGCUGGGCCAGGGGAGGGAGGAGGAGGGUGACGUAGCGUCCCAUGGCGUCACAUUGACGUCUCGCAUUCCAGGCACUCUAUGGAGAGGCCGCUAGGGCUCCUGUGGCAUAAAUGACGUGCCGGGAGAGCGAGCGAACGCGCAGCCGGGAGAGCCGAGUCUCCUGCCUCCCGCCCCCCACCCCUCCAGCGCCUGCUCCUCCUCCGUUCCCCAUACACAGACACGCUCACACCCGCGGCUCCUCCACUCGCACACACGGACACACGCGCGCUCACACGCUCCUCGCACGCACUCCACUCUCGCCCGCGCGCUCACACCCCUCUCGCCCGGCGCCCUCGCCGGGGCCGCGCGGCGCCGCAGCCGGACGCCCCUCCUGGGCUCACUUUGCAGCGCUGACCGAGCGGGCAGCGGCGACGGAGGUGGGAACCGCGGCGACAUCCUAACCCCCGGGUCGCGGCUGGAGACUGGACGCCGGCGGAACCUCUCGGCGGCGCUCUCCCAUGAGUUGGGAUCGCAGCAUCCCCCGCCAGCCGCUCACCGCCUCCGGGAGCCGCCGGGCUUGGGCACCGCAGCCCUUCCGGGACAGCAGCUGCGACUCUCCCCCCAGUCCAGAUUUCGGGACCGCUCUCUAGAAACUCGCUCUAAAGACGGAACCGCCACAGCACCCAAAGCCCACUGCGGGAGAGCGCAGCCCGACGAGCCCGGGCGCUGAGCCUGGAUCCUCAGCAGAGCCUGGCAGGGCAGCGGCUGCUUCGCCUAUCCCGACGUCCCCGCCUCCCACACUCUCAGCCUCAGCUGGAGAGACCCCCAGCCCCACCAUUCAGCGCGCAAGAUACCCUCCAGAUAUGCCCUGCGUGCAAGCCCAGUAUAGCCCUUCGCCUCCGGGGUCCACUUACGCCACGCAGACGUAUGGCUCGGAAUACACCACAGAAAUCAUGAACCCCGACUACGCCAAGCUGACCAUGGACCUCGGGAGCACGGGGAUCAUGGCCACCGCCACGACGUCCCUGCCCAGCUUCAGUACCUUCAUGGAGGGCUACCCCAGCAGCUGCGAACUCAAGCCCUCCUGCCUGUACCAAAUGCCGCCUUCCGGGCCGCGGCCUUUGAUCAAGAUGGAAGAGGGCCGUGAGCAUGGUUACCACCACCACCACCACCACCAUCACCACCACCACCACCAUCACCAGCAGCAGCAGCAGCAGCCGUCCAUUCCCCCGCCCUCUGGCCCCGAGGACGACGUAGUGCCCAGCACUUCCAUGUACUUCAAGCAGUCUCCGCCGUCCACGCCGAGCACGCCAGGCUUCCCCCCGCAGGCGGGGGCGCUGUGGGACGAGGAGCUGCCCUCGGCGCCUGGCUGCAUCGCGCCGGGCCAGCUGCUGGACCCGCAGAUGAAGGCGGUGCCCCCAAUGGCUGCGGCGCGCUUCCCUCCGAUCUUCCACUUCAAGCCCUCGCCGCCGCACCCUCCCGCGCCCAGCCCAGCCGGCGGCCACCACCUCGGCUACGACCCCGCUGCCGCCGCCGCGCUCAGCCUGCCUCUAGGAGCCGCCGCCGCCGCGGGCAGCCAAGCGUCUGCGCUCGAGGGCCACCCGUACGGGCUCCCGCUAUCCAAGAGGACGACGGCCGCGCUGACCUUCCCGCCGCUGGGUCUCACAGCCUCCCCGACCGCGUCCAGCCUGCUGGGAGAGAGCCCCAGCCUGCCGUCGCCACCCAACAGGAGCUCAUCGUCCGGCGAGGGCACGUGUGCGGUGUGCGGGGACAAUGCCGCCUGCCAGCACUACGGGGUACGCACCUGCGAGGGCUGCAAGGGCUUCUUCAAGAGAACGGUGCAGAAAAAUGCAAAAUAUGUUUGCCUGGCAAAUAAAAACUGCCCAGUAGACAAGAGACGUCGAAAUCGAUGUCAGUACUGCCGAUUUCAAAAGUGUCUCAGUGUGGGGAUGGUUAAAGAAGUUGUGCGUACAGACAGUCUGAAAGGCAGGAGAGGCCGGCUGCCUUCCAAACCAAAGAGCCCGCUACAGCAGGAGCCCUCGCAGCCUUCCCCACCGUCUCCUCCAAUCUGUAUGAUGAACGCGCUUGUCCGAGCUUUAACAGAUGCAACGCCCAGAGAUCUCGAUUAUUCCAGGUACUGUCCCACCGACCAGGCCACCGCAGGCACAGACGCAGAGCACGUGCAGCAGUUCUACAACCUCCUGACGGCCUCUAUAGACGUGUCCAGGAGCUGGGCAGAAAAGAUCCCGGGCUUCACUGAUCUCCCCAAAGAAGAUCAGACGCUACUUAUAGAGUCAGCCUUUCUGGAGCUGUUUGUUCUUAGACUUUCCAUUAGGUCAAACGCUGCUGAAGAUAAGUUUGUGUUCUGCAGUGGACUUGUCCUGCAUCGACUUCAGUGCCUUCGUGGAUUUGGGGAGUGGCUCGACUCCAUUAAAGACUUUUCUUUAAGUUUGCAGAGCCUGAACCUUGACAUCCAAGCCUUAGCCUGCCUGUCAGCACUGAGCAUGAUCACAGAGCGACAUGGGUUAAAAGAACCAAAGAGAGUGGAGGAGCUGUGUAACAGGAUCACGAGCAGCUUAAAGGACCACCAGAGGAAGGGGCAGGCCCCAGAGCCCUCCGAGCCCAAGGUCCUUCGUGCACUGGUGGAGUUGAGGAAGAUCUGCACCCAGGGCCUCCAGCGCAUCUUCUACCUGAAGCUGGAGGACUUGGUGGCCCCGCCUUCGAUUAUCGACAAGCUCUUCCUCGACACCCUGCCCUUCUGAGCAAGGAAGCCUGUGCUCUGCUGGCAUCUGAUCAUUAAGCUAGCGAAAGGAUGGUCUGAUGAGCGCCCGCCACUCUGUCCUUUCUUCAGGGGAAAAGCAGCUCCCACAGAAAGCAAAGACUUUUGUUUUUGUUUUUGUUUUUCCUGGCGCCUUUCCUUACAACCUAAAGCCAGAAACCUUGCAGAGUAUUGUGUUGGGGUUGUGUUUUGUAUUUAGGCUUUGGUGGGUGGGGUGGGAGGGGGUAUAUAGUUCAUGAGGCUUUUCUAAGAAAUUGCUGACAAAGCACUUUUGGAUGAUGCUAUCCCAGCAGGGGAGAAAGGAUAAUAUAACUGUUUAAAACUCUUUCUGGGGAAUACAAUUAUGAUUGCUUUGUAUCUAAAACACGAACAGCCAAGGGCUGUUCACCAGGGUAGGCUGUGUCUUAAGACUGACCCCUUUAGGAUGUACUUCCUGUAUCAAGGGUACUUACGCCAAGCAAGCAAGGCAGAAAACUCCCUUUUCUUCAUUUCUUCUUCUUAAAAAAAAAUGACAAAAGAUGGAAGACUGUCUACAAAUCAGACUUAGCAAAAUAAUGGCUGUUUGCUUCCAUAUACAAGUGCAAUUUUUUAAAGUGCUGUCUUACUAAGUCUUGUUUGUGAACUCUCCCUUACUUUAUAUGACAAUAAGGAGGCAGUCAUGUUAGCAAAUGACACCCCAUUUUCUUACAAAGGCUUGAUCCGCCUGCCCUGUAGAACCCUUUGGAGGGGUGGCCCCUCUAAGACUUUCAGGCCGUUCUUGAUGGAAUUUGCCCCCUGAUGACUACCCAGCUGUCCUGAAGGGGAUCAGGUUAUAAAAUGGAUUGCACACAACUGCGUUCACUGUUUUCUAUCAACCUGGACACAGUUCUCUAAACCUACUACGUUUGUAGCAGCUUCUGGCACAUCCAUUCAGAAGCCCAAGGAGUGUUGGGUAAAUCAAUCGUUUGCUUCCCUUCAAGGAGAACAUGCAAAUAAGCAGGAACUGGGUCAUACAGGGUAAGCACCAGAGGUGAUAAUGAUUUAUAUAUAUAUAUAAUUUAAUUUUUGUUACUGGUUAAAGAGACAAUUUUGGAAAGCAAGUGAAUCAUCUUUUUUAAAAAAACAAAACAUAGUAUUAACGUGAGUACUAGUGGGUUGCAGUUCAACAUUCCGUGUUCGUGCCCCCUUUUAUAUGUUUCUACUGUUGAUGCCAUAUUAUUAUGAAAUAAUUUGUUGCAUAGUGUCCUUAUUUGUAUGAGCAUUUGUAUGCACGUUAUAUUGUAAUAGCUUUGCCUGUAUUUAUUGCAAGACCACCAGCUCCUGGAGGCUUAGUUACAGAAUAAUCAAAUGGGGUGUUUGUGGUGACUUGGAUACACCAAUUAGAAAUUAAAUAAGCAUAUAUAUAUAAACAUAGCAGGUUACAUAUAUAUAUUUAUAAUGUGUCUUUUUAUUAACCAUUUGUACAAUAAAUAUCACUUCCCACACCAUUAUUUUAUCCUUCAUUUGCAGUGACCUUUAAGGCAGCACUGUUUAGCACUUUGAUAUGAAAAUUUUGCUUAUGUUUUGCUAAAUUCAAAUAAUGUUUGAAGAUUUUUAGGUCUAAAAGUCUUUAUAUUAUAUACUCUGUAUCAAGGCAAGAUACCUUUGGCCGUUUUGCUAAGAAUCAAACUUUGAAUGUCAAACUGAUGUCACAGUAGCUUUUGUUAGCUUUAAAUCAUGUUUGCUUUAGUCUUUUAAAAAAAUAACAAAACUAUGCUGUUUAUAUUGUCAUUAAAUUAUACAACCAAACAAAUGCCAAAUGAAUUGCUUAAUUGCUGCAAAGUAUAACCCAGAUAACAAAUCAUAUCCUUUCUUUUUUUUUCCAAAUCAUUCUGCUAUUUGAUCGCGUACUUUGUGUGGGAUUUUAUGAAAGGUAUUACUUUUCUAUCAAGAUGACAGGGCCUGGAAUACUAGGAGUUUUAACUUCGACUUGGAAUGAGCCUGGCUCAUCAUCUAAUCAGAUCUCCUGAAAUUCACAAUGGAGAAAACUGGGCAAACAGCUGCAACAGAAUUGAGACUAAGGCUUAAUUCACCUUUGCUUAGUCCUUCCCCACAACUCACUGCAUCCAUAGGAAAAUAGACUUAAACAUAGUCACUCAUAUUAACAUUUUACCUGCAGACAGCCUUGAGUAAAGUAGUACUUUGGCAUUAAUUUGUUGAGCUUAUAUGCAAACAUAAUAAACAUUAUUAAAUAUCAGGAAAGCUAACAUUUCACACAGGACCGCUUCAGACCAAAUUCGAGUUGAAUUUGAAUAAAUUAGAAGUACUAAGCAUACAUAACCUUCUUGUGCACCUUGAGUAUUUGAAGGCUAAUCCUUGUUUUUGUCCUGUCUGAAAAGCAAGGCAAAGCAAAACAGCAGCACAGCGCUCUAGGGAAAUGCUGCUCCUUUUUUGUCAACCCCUCAGACUGAAGGGAAAGGACUGUCCAGGUGUCGUAUCUGCUGAUCUGAAGAAAUAACGGAGCUGUUUUAGUUACAGGGCCAAACACUAGUGCUCAAAGGAAAGACUAUAUCGCCAGUGUUCCUCUGUCUUCCAUAGUUACCACAACUAUGAGAGCCUCUCAAGUCAUCUGGCUGUCCAGUUUUUUUUUUUAAUGUUGACACGCAAGUGUAGGCAGAGGGGAUGGCACACUAGCACUGAGGAGAACAAGCAUUGAAGCAGGUGAGUCCUCCCAGUGGGGGAGUGGUGAGUCCUCCCCGUGGGGGAGGGCUGUCUCAGUCUGAAGCCACCCUCAGCUGGAAAUCGGGAAUCUACCGCUGUUAUUGGAGAGUGCCUUGCUUUUGUUUCAAAUGGCUGUUUCCCAAGCCCUUCUCCUCUAACAGCAUUGCUUUUUAGAGUGUGCUAACCUGUGGUUUGAAAAAAAAUGCUCUUGUACAUUAACAAUGUAAAUUUAAAUAAUUAAAUUAAAUUACAUUUUA